CAGACGAGCCUUAUUAUCGAGAUCAGGAGGCUGGAGCUACGCUUGUGUUCUGUAUUCAGCAACGGGCUAGGUCGCAUUGGGGUGCCCCGGCACGAUGCGACGGCGGCGGCUUUAGCCUGCAAAUUGCUGCCCACCCAGCACCGUGAGCCUGAAGCAAGCACAAGUGAAGUAGAAGAUCUAUAUUCCCAGCCGAAGAAGAGGCAGCCAUCUUGUUUCCUUCUUUAAGAGACAAAGAAAUCACACAAAGAUGGCUAAAAAAGACGAUGAUCUGGAUGUCUUGCUCCCGAACUGGUCGGGAGCUGCCGCACACGGGUUCACCAUAAGUGGUAGUGAUGAUGGGAUCUUCAUCAAGGAUGUGAUAGAGAAUUCGCCAGCUGGGAAGAGCGGAGUGAUGAAAGAAGGUGACCAAAUCGUAAGUGCGACUAUUUACUUUGAUGAAAUGGGAUAUGAAGAAGCACAAAAAAUACUACAGACAGUGGAUCGACACACAGUGGGACUGAAGUUACAUCGGAAAGGGGAGAGGCUUUCUCCCGGGGGAAGUUAUUCCUGGGACCCAGAACGAUAUGGGGCCACAAGUCCGGACGCUGUAUUGAGUGGAGAUGAUGAAGACUAUCAGAGAAUUUUUAGGAAGAAAAUCAAACCUCGCCUAAAGUCAGAAGAUGGCGCAGAGGCAUCAGUUCAAGAUGACGGAUCUUCCGGCGUACGUGUCACCAGGAAGGUCAUUACACGCACAGUUCAUGUGACAAGUCCCACAGUUAUGACAGAUGUAGACAUCCACAGUCCAGAGUUUAAAAUUAAAGUUCCACGGCACGAGCAAGUCACUGCUGAGGGACCAGGAUCCUCACAGGAAACUUCGGAGAUGGAUGUAGAUGUUAGUCUUGCUGGCUCUGAAGGUUUAAAAUUUCAAAUGGGAGAUAGCCAACGGACAACACAUACUAUGCACAUUGUAAAAACAAAAGUAGUAGAGGUAACUGGACCAGAUACAGAACAGAGCAAGACUACAUUUCAUAUGCCACAGAUCAGCAUAGGAGGUGAAGCAUCCAACUUUGAUGUCAAAAUUGCAAAGACAGUCAGGGACUCAAAUGUUGUUGGCGAGGAUGUAGCACCUAAAGUCAGUCUCCCUGAGUCAAGUAUUGAUGUCUCUGCGCCACACGUUACAAUGGGUGUGCAAGUGCCUGCCAUCAAUCCAUCGAUUGCAAUACAAAGUGUUCAUGUUGGAGAUUCAGAUGGAAGAAUCAGCAUGCCUUCAGUCAAGAUGCCAGAAGUUGCCAUUUCUGGAUCACAUGUGAGAAGUCCAAAUGCUGUUGUCGACACAGGUGCAGUCAAAUCAGGUGUUGCUCUUCCAAAAGUUAAUCUGAAUCUAUCUGGAAAUCAGAAUCGUUCUACAGAUCCGAUAUUUGAUGUUCAGACACCAAAAGUACAUGUUGAAAAUUCAAGUUUUAAUAUGCAAGAUGGGAAACGGGGUGUCGAACUGAAAGAACCAAAACUUAAUAUAUCAGCAUCCAUUGGUAAGGACAUUUCUACGGAUGGGGGAGAAAUAAAAUGGAGAACACCAGAAGGACCUGAAAUGUACAUCCACAGCAAACUCCCAGAAGGGAAUAUUGAAUCAAUUGGACCCAAGAUCAAGGGGGACAUUGAACUGUCAGAUAAAGAUCUAGCUUCCAGUAAGAUCAAAGACCCAACUUUUAAAAUUUCAGGAGUCAGGUUUUCAGGAUCCAAACAGAUUAUCUCUGACACUGAAAUCAAACAUACAAAGGUGACAGAAGAUUUUGAUGCACCAAAGGUUAGUUUUGAGAGUGACAUCAAAGUUCCAAGUGUGAACAUUAAAGGUCCUAAAAUUGAUGUUGAGGCAACUGAUGUAAAAGAAAGCGGGCACGGGUUGGCAGGGUCAGCCAUGAAUUUGCCCAAGAUAAAGACUACAGACAUUGAUUUGGGUGUGAAGGUCUCAAAAGUGAAAGAAGACCACGGUAUUGAUGUGGCUUCUAGAAGGUUAGAGGGAAAGAUCAAAGGUCCUCAGAUGGACAUUGAAGUGGACAUACCAGAGGCUGAAAGUGAAGGGGGCAGUGUAAAAGUACCAAAAUUCAGAAUACCUAAAUUCCGAACGAGUGGGCCAAAAGUUGAAGGCCCAGAUGUGGACAUUCAUGCCAGCCUUGCUGAGGCAGAUGUUAAAAUAACUAAACCAACAGUAGAAGGAGUAGUUGAAAUGCCUAAGGUAGACAUGGGUAUUGAGGGAGCCAGUACAACCAAAGGCACAAAAUUUAGUAUGCCAGCAUUCAACGUUUCAGUACCCAAGAUAGGAAGGCCCGAUGUGAAUCUCGACAUCAAACAACCAGAAGUGGGAGAAGAUAUUGAUAUCUCUGAUGUCAAACUGCAAGGUGAUAUUAAGGGCCCCAGAAUUCAUUUAGACGGACUGGAUGUAAAAGCAGGAGAAACCAAAAUUUCAAGACCCAAUAUUAAGCUUGACUUAAAAGGUCCCAAAAUAGAAGGAGAUGUUAAUGUUCCAGAUGUCCAACUGGAAGGUGACAUUAAGGCCCCAAACCUUGACAUUAGAGCCCCAAAUGUUGACAUAGGUUCAUUCGAACUUAAAGGAAGUGGACCCAAGAUUUCAAUGCCUUCCAUACACUUGCCCGAGAUUCAGGCACCAGAACUUGGUCUCAAUUUGAAGGGUCCAAAAAUGAAAGGAGACUAUGAUAUUGAUGUGCCAUCAGGAAAGGUGGAAGGAGAAAUCAAAGGACCGAAAGUAGAUGUGGAUGUGGAUGUGCCAGGGGCUGAUGUUGAAGGAGGUGGAAAGUUCAGCAUGCCGAAAUUUAGAAUCCCCAAGUUCCAAAUGAGAGGACCUAAAGUCGAAGGCACGGAUUUUGACAUUGACACUAAUCUGUCAGAAGCAGAAGUUAAAGUGUCUGGACCCCAAAUACAAGGAGAUGUUGAAAUGCCAGAUGUAGAUGUGGAUGUGGAAGGAGGAGGUAAAAUUAAAGGAUCAAGAUUCAAAAUGCCAGGAUUUAAUAUCUCAGGCCCCAAGUUAGGAAAGCCUGAUUUUAAUCUGGACUUCAAAGGUCCCAGGUUGUCUGGAAAUGUUGAUGUCCCUGACGUCAAACUGGAAGGUGAUAUUAAAGGCCCAAAUAUUGAUAUUAAGGGCCCUGAAAUUGAUAUUGAGGGACCUGAUGUAAAAGGAGGGAAGCACAAGUUUUCAGUGCCUUCAAUUCACUUGCCCAAGAUUCAGGCACCAGACAUUGAUCUCAAUUUGAAGGGUCCAAAUUUGAAAGGAGACUAUGAUAUUGAUGUCCCAUCAGGAAAGGUGGAGGGAGAAAUCAAAGGACCUAAAGUAGAUGUUGAUGUGGAUGUACCAGGGGCUGAGGUUGAAGGAGGUGGAAAGUUCAGCAUGCCGAAAUUUAAAAUGCCCAAAUUCCAAAUUGGAGGGCCAAAACUAGAUGGGUCAGAUGUUGACAUUCAUGCUGAUCUACCAGAGUCAGAUGUUACAGUAUCUGGGCCCCAGAUAGAAGGAGAUGUUGAAAUGCCAGAUGUAGAUGUGGAUGUUGAAGGAGGUGGUAAAGUUAAAGGAUCAAAAUUCAAAAUGCCAGGAUUCAAUAUCUCAGGCCCUAAGAUGGGAAUGCCUGAUUUUAAUCUGGACUUCAAAGGCCCCAGGUUGUCUGGAGAUGUUGAUGUCCCUGACGUUAAACUGGAAGGUGAUAUUAAAGGUCCAAAUGUUGAUAUUAAGGGCCCUGAAGUUGAUAUUGAGGGACCUGAUGUAAAAGGAGGCAAGCACAAGUUUUCAAUGCCUUCAAUUCACUUGCCCAAGAUUCAGGCACCAGACAUUGACCUCAGAUUGAAGGGUCCAAAUUUGAAAGGAGACUCUGAUAUUGAUGUACCUUCAGGAAAAGUGGAGGGAGAAAUCAAAGGACCUAAAGUAGAUGUUGAUCUGGAUGUGCCAGGUGCUGAUGUUGAAGGAGGUGGGAAGUUCAGCAUGCCGAAAUUUAAAAUGCCCAAAUUCCAAAUGAGAGGGCCUAAAGUCGAAGGUCCAGAUGUUGACAUUGACACUAAUCUACCAGAAGCAGAUGUUAAAGUAUCUGCACCCCAAAUCGAAGGAGAUGUUGAAAUGCCAGAUGUAGAUGUGGAUGUUGAAGGAGGUGGUAAAAUUAAAGGAUCAAGAUUCAAAAUGCCUGGAUUCAAUAUCUCAGGCCCUAAAAUAGGAAAGCCAGAUUUUAAUCUGGACUUUAAAGGUCCGAAGUUGUCUGGAGAUGUUGAUGUCCCUGAGGUUAAACUGGAGGGUGAUAUUAAGGCUCCAGAAGUUGAUAUUGAGGGACCUGAUGUAAAAGGAGGCAAGCACAAGUUUUCAAUGCCUUCAAUUCACUUGCCCAAGAUCCAGGCACCAGACAUUGAUCUCAAUUUGAAGGGUCCAAAAUUGAAAGGAGACUAUGAUAUCGAUGUACCUUUAGGAAAGAUGGAGGGAGAAAUCAAAGGACCUAAAGUAGAUGUUGAUGUGGAUGUGCCAGGGGCUGAGGUUGAAGGAGGUGGAAAGUUCAGUAUGCCAAAAUUUAAAAUGCUGAAAUUUCGAAUUGGAGGGCCGAAAAUGGAAGGAUCAGAUGUUGACAUUCACGCUAAUAUACCAGAGACCGAUGUUAAAAUAUCUGGACCUCAAAUUGAAGGAGAUGUUGAAAUGCCAGAUGUAGACGUGGAUGUUGAAGGAGGUAGUAAAAUUAAAGGAUCAAGAUUCAAAAUGCCAGGAUUCAAUAUCUCUGGCCCCAAGUUAGGAAAGCCUGAUUUUAAUCUGGACUUCAAAGGUCCCAAGUUGUCUGGAGAUGUUGAUGUCCCUGAUGUCAAACUGGAAGGUGAUAUUAAAGGCCCAAAUGUUGAUAUUAAGGGCCCUGAAGUUGAUAUUGAGGGACCUGAUGUAAAAGGAGGCAAGCACAAGUUUUCAAUGCCUUCAAUUCACUUGCCCAAGAUUCAGGCACCAGACAUUGACCUCAAUUUGAAGGGUCCAAAACUGAAAGGAGACUAUGAUGUUGAUGUGCCAUCAGGAAAGGUGGAGGGAGAAAUCAAAGGACCUAAAGUUGAUGUGGAUGUGGAUGUACCAGGGGCUGAUGUUGAAGGAGGUGGAAAGUUCAGCAUGCCGAAAUUUAAAAUGCCCAAAUUCCGAAUUGGAGGGCCAAAAGUAGAAGGCCCAGAUGUUGACAUUGAUGGUAAUCUACCUGAGUCAGAUGUUAAAAUAUCUGGGCCCCAGAUAGAAGGAGAUGUUGAAAUGCCAGAUGUAGAUAUUGAUGUUGAAGGAGGUGGUAAAGUUAAAGGAUCAAAAUUCAAAAUGCCAGGAUUCAAUAUCUCGGGCCCUAAGAUAGGAAUGCCUGAUUUUAAUCUGGACUUCAAAGGCCCUAAGUUGUCUGGAGAUGUUGAUGUCCCUGACGUUAAACUGGGAGGUGACAUCAAAGGCCCUGAUGUUGAUAUUAAGGGCCCUGAAGUUGAUAUUGAGGGACCUGAUGUAAAAGGAGGCAAGCACAAGUUUUCAAUGCCUUCAAUUCACUUGCCCAAGAUUCAGGCACCAGACAUUGAUCUCAAUUUGAAGGGUCCAAAACUGAAAGGAGACUAUGAUGUUGAUGUGCCAUCAGGAAAGGUGGAGGGAGAAAUCAAAGGACCUAAAGUUGAUGUGGAUGUACCAGGGGCUGAUGUUGAAGGAGGUGGAAAGUUCAGCAUGCCGAAAUUUAAAAUGCCCAAAUUCCGACUUGGAGGGCCUAAAUUAGAAAGCCCAGAUGUCAACAUUGAUGCUAAUAUUCCUGAAGCAGAUGUUAAAAUAUCUGGGCCCCAAAUAGAAGGAGAUGUUGAAAUGCCAGAUGUAGAUAUGGAUGUUGAAGGAGGUGGGAAAUUGAAAGGCUCAAGAUUCAAAAUGCCAGGAUUUAAUAUUUCGGCUCCCAACAUAGGAAUGCCCGAUUUUAAUCUUGACUUCAAAGGUCCUAAGUUCGGAGGAGAUGUCGAUAUUCCUGAUGUCAAACUGGAAGGUGACAUUAAGGGCCCAAAGGUUGAUGUUGAGACACCUGAUAUUAAAGGAAAGGGACCUAAGAUUUCAAUGCCUUCAAUUAACUUGCCCAAGAUUCAGGCACCAGACAUUGAUCUCAGUUUGAAGGGUCCAAAUUUGAAAGGAGACUAUGAUUUUCAUGUGCCAUCAGGAAAGGUGGAGGGAGAAAUCAAAGGACCUAAAGUUGAUGUUGAUGUGGAUGUGCCAGGGGCUGAUGUUGAAGGAGGAGGAAAGUUCAGCCUACCGAAAUUUAAAAUGCCCAAAUUCCGAAUCGGAGGGCCUAAAGUGGGAGGCCCAGAUGUCGACAUUGACGCUAAUAUUCCUGAAGCAGAUGUUAAAGUGUCUGGACCCAAAAUUGAAGGAGAUGUUGAAAUGCCAGAUGUAGAUGUGGAUGUGGAAGGAGGUGGGAAAAUUAAAGGAUCAAGAUUCAAAAUGCCAGGAUUCAAUAUCUCUGCCCCUAAAAUCGGAUUGCCCGAUUUUAAUCUGGACGUCAAAGGUCCCAAGUGGGGAGGAGAUAUUGAUAUUCCUGAUGUCGGUCUAGAAGGUGACAUUAAGGGACCAAGUCUUGACGUUAAGGGCCCAAAGGUUGAUGUAGAGACACCUGAUAUUAAAGGAAAGGGAGCUAAGAUUUCAAUGCCUUCAAUUCACUUGCCCAAGUUUCAGGCACCAGACAUUGAUUUCAAUUUGAAGGGUCCAAAAUUGAAAGGAGACUAUGAUAUUGAUGUCCCAUCAGGAAAGGUGGAGGGAGAAAUAAAAGGACCUGAUGUUGAUGUGGAUGUGCCAGGGGCUGAUGUUGAAGGAGGUGGAAAGUUCAGCAUGCCGAAAUUUAAAAUGCCUAAAUUCCAAAUGAGAGGGCCUAAAGUGGAAGGCCCAGAUGUCGACAUUGACGCUAAUAUUCCUGAAGCAGAUGUUAAAGUGUCUGGACCCAAAAUUGAAGGAGAUGUUGAAAUGCCAGAUGUAGAUGUGGAUGUGGAAGGAGGUGGGAAAAUUAAAGGAUCAAGAUUCAAAAUGCCAGGAUUCAAUAUCUCUGCCCCUAAAAUCGGAUUGCCCGAUUUUAAUCUGGACCUCAAAGGUCCCAAGUGGGGAGGAGAUGUUGAUGUUCCUGAUAUCAGUCUAGAAGGUGACAUGAAGGGACCAAGUCUUGACAUUAAGGGCCCAAACGUUGAUAUUGAGUCACCUGAUAUUAAAGGAACGGGACCUAAGAUUUCAAUGCCUUCAAUUCACUUGCCCAAGUUUCAGGCACCAGACAUUGAUUUCAAUUUGAAAGGUCCAAAACUGAAAGGAGACUAUGAUGUUGAUGUGCCAUCAGGAAAGGUGGAGGGAGAAAUCAAGGGACCUAAAGUAGAUGUUGAUGUGGAUGUGCCAGGGGCUGAGGUUGAAGGAGGUGGAAAGUUCAGCAUGCCGAAAUUCAAAAUGCCCAAAUUCCGGAUUGGAGGGACGAAAGUGAAAGGACCAGAAUUGGAUUUAGGCGCUAAACUACCAGAGACAGAUGUUAAAAUAUCUGGGCCCCAAAUAGAAGGAGAUGUCCAAGUGCCAGAUGUAGAUGUGGAUGUUGAAGGAGGUGGUAAAAUUAAAGGAUCAAAAUUCAAAAUGCCGGGAUUCAAUAUCUCUGGCCCCAAGAUCGGAAAGCCUGAUUUUAAUCUGGACUUCAAAGGUCCCAAGUUGUCUGGAGAUGUUGAUGUCCCUGAUGUCAAACUGGAAGGUGAUAUCAAAGGCCCAAAUGUCGAUAUUAAGGUCCCCGAAGUUGAUAUUGAGGGACCGGAUGUAAAAGGAGGCAAGCACAAGUUUUCAAUGCCUUCAAUUCACUUGCCCAAGAUUCAGGCACCAGACAUUGAUCUCAGUUUGAAGGGUCCAAAUUUGAAAGGAGACUAUGAUAUUGAUGCACCUUCAGGAAAAGUGCAGGGAGAAAUCAAAGGACCUGAAGUAGAUGUUGAUCUGGAUGUGCCAGGGGCUGAUGUUGAAGGAGGUGGAAAGUUCAGCAUGCCGAAAUUUAAACUGCCCAAAUUCCAAAUGAGGGGGCCUAAAAUCGAAGGCCCAGAUUUUGACAUUGACGCUAAUAUUCCUGAAGCAGAUGUUAAAGUGUCUGGACCCAAAAUAGAAGGAGAUGUUGAAAUGCCAGAUGUAGAUGUGGAUGUUGAAGGAGGUGGUAAAAUUAAAGGAUCAAGAUUCAAAAUGCCAGGAUUCAAUAUCUCAGGCCCUAAAAUAGGAAAGCCAGAUUUUAAUUUGGACUUCAAAGGUCCCAAGUUGUCUGGAGAUGUUGAUGUCCCUGAGGUUAAAUUGGAGGGUGAUAUUAAAGGCCCAAAUGUUGAUAUUAAGGGCCCCGAAGUUGAUAUUGAGGGACCUGAUGUAAAAGGAGGCAAGCACAAGUUUUCAAUGCCUUCAAUUCACUUGCCCAAGAUUCAGGCACCAGACAUUGAUCUCAAUUUGAAGGGUCCUAAACUGAAAGGAGACUAUGAUGUUGAUGUGCCAUCAGGAAAGGUGGAGGGAGAAAUCAAAGGUCCUAAAGUAGAUGUUGAUGUGGAUUUGCCAGGGGCUGAUGUUGAAGGAGGUGGAAAGUUCAGUAUGCCGAAAUUUAAAAUGCCCAAAUUCCAAAUGAAGGGGCCUAAAGUUGAAGGCCCUGAUGUUGACAUUGACGCUAAUAUUCCUGAAGCAGAUGUUAAAGUGUCUGGACCCCAAAUAGAAGGAGAUGUUGAAAUGCCAGAUGUAGAUGUGGAUGUUGAAGGGGGUGGGAAAAUUAAAGGAUCAAGAUUCAAAAUGCCAGGGUUCAAUAUCUCUGCCCCUAAGAUCGGAUUGCCCGACAUGAAUCUGGAUCUGAAAGGUCCCAGGUGGGGAGGAGAUGUUACUGUUCCUGACGUCAGUCUAGAAGGUGACAUGAAGGGACCAAGUCUUGACAUUAAGGGCCCAAAUGUUGAUGUUGAGACACCUGAUAUUAAAGGAAAGGGACCUAAGAUUUCAUUGCCUUCAAUUCACUUGCCCAAGAUUCAGGCACCAGACAUUGAUCUCAAUUUGAAGGGUCCAAAACUGAAAGGAGACUAUGAUGUUGAUGUGCCAUCAGGAAAGGUGGAGGGAGAAAUCAAGGGACCUAAAGUUGAUGUUGAUGUGAAUGUGCCAGGGGCUGAUGUUGAAGGCGGUGGAAAGUUCAGCAUGCCGAAAUUUAAAAUGCCCAAAUUCCAAAUGAGGGGGCCUAAGGUCGAAGGCCCAGAUGUCGACAUUGACACUAAUAUUCCUAAAGCAGAUGUUAAAGUGUCUGGGCCCCAAAUAGGAGGAGAUGUUGAAAUGCCAGAUGUAGAUGUGGAUGUUGAAGGAGGUGGUAAAGUUAAAGGAUCAAGAUUCAAAAUGCCAGGAUUCAAUAUCUCAGGCCCAAAAAUAGGAAUGCCCGAUUUUAAUCUGGACUUCAAAGGUCCUAAGAUGUCUGGAGAUGUUGAUGUCCCUGACGUCAAACUGGAAGGUGAUGUUAAGGGCCCUGAAGUUGAACUUGAGGGACCUGAUGUAAAAGGAGGCAAGCACAAAUUUUCAAUGCCUUCAAUUCACUUGCCCAAGAUUCAGGCACCAGACAUUGAUCUCAGUCUGAAGGGUCCAAAUUUGAAAGGAGACUAUGAUGUUGAUGCAUCUUCAGGAAAAGUGGAGGGAGAGUUCGAAGGACCUAAAGUAGAUGUUGAUCUGGAUGUGCCAGGGGCUGAUGUUGAAGGAGGUGGAAAGUUCAGCAUGCCGAAAUUUAAAAUGCCCAAAUUCCGAAUUGGAGGGCCUAAAGUGAAAGGACCAGAUAUGGAAUUCGACGCUAAUCUGCCAGAGACAGACGUUAAAAUAUCUGGGCCCCAAGUAAAAGGAGAUAUUGAAAUGCCAGAUGUGGAUGUUGAAGGGGGUGGUAAAAUUAAAGGAUCAAGAUUCAAAAUGCCGGGAUUCAAUAUCUCAGGCCCCAAGAUAGGAAUGCCCGAUUUUAAUCUGGACUUCAAAGGUCCCAAGUUGUCUGGAGACGUUGAUGUCCCUGAUGUCAAAAUGGAAGGUGAUAUUAAAGGUCCAAAUGUUGAUAUUAAGGGCCCUGAAGUUGAUAUUGAGGAACCUGAUGUAAAAGGAGGCAAGCACAAGUUUUCAAUGCCUUCAAUUCACUUGCCCAAGAUUCAGGCACCAGACAUUGAUUUCAAUUUGAAGGGUCCAAAUUUGAAAGGAGACUAUGAUAUUGAUGUGCCAUCACGAAAGGUGGAGGGAGAAAUCAAAGGCCCUGAUGUUGAUGUGGAUGUGCAAGGGGCUGAUGUUGAAGGAGGUGGAAAGUUCAGCAUGCCGAAAUUUAAAAUGCCCAAAUUCCAAAUGCGAGGGCCUAAAUUGGAAGGCUCUGAUGUCCUCAUUGAUACUGAUAUUCCAGAAGCAGAUGUUAAAGUGUCUGGUCCCCAAAUCAAAGGAGAUGUUGAAAUGCCAGAUGUAGAUGUGGAUGUGGAAGGAGGUGGUAAAGUUAAAGGAUCAAGAUUCAAAAUGCCAGGAUUCAAUAUCUCUGCCCCUAAAAUCGGAUUGCCCGAUUUUAAUCUGGACGUCAAAGGUCCCAAGUGGGGAGGAGAUAUCGAUAUUCCUGAUGUCGGUCUAGAAGGUGACAUUAAGGGACCAAGUCUUGACGUUAAGGGCCCAAAGGUUGAUGUAGAGACACCUGAUAUUAAAGGAAAGGGAGCUAAGAUUUCAAUGCCUUCAAUUCACUUGCCCAAGUUUCAGGCACCAGACAUUGAUUUCAAUUUGAAAGGUCCAAAACUGAAAGGAGACUAUGAUAUUGAUGUGCCAUCAGGAAAGGUGGAGGGAGAAAUCAAAGGACCUAAAGUUGAUGUGGAUGUGGAUGUGCCAGGGGCUGAUGUUGAAGGAGGUGGAAAGUUCAGCAUGCCGAAAUUUAAAAUGCCCAAAUUCCGAAUUGGAGGGCCUAAAUUAGAAGGCCCAGAUGUUGACAUUGAUGGUAAUCUACCAGAGUCAGAUGUUAAAGUGUCUGGACCCAAAAUAGAAGGAGAUGUUGAAAUGCCAGAUGUAGAUGUGGAUGUUGAAGGAGGUGGUAAAAUUAAAGGAUCAAGAUUCAAAAUGCCAGGAUUCAAUAUCUCUGGCCCCAAGAUAGGAAUGCCUGAUUUUAAUCUGGACUUCAAAGGUCCCAAGUUGUCUGGAGAUGUUGAUGUCCCUGAUGUUAAACUGGAAGGUGAUAUUAAAGGCCCAAAUGUUGAUAUUAAGGGCCCCGAAGUUGAUAUUGAGGGACCUGAUGUAAAAGGAGGCAAGCACAAGUUUUCAAUGCCUUCAAUUCACUUGCCCAAGAUUCAGGCACCAGACAUUGAUCUCAAUUUGAAGGGUCCAAAACUGAAAGGAGACUAUGAUAUUGAUGUCCCUUCAGGAAAAGUGCAGGGAGAAAUCAAAGGACCUAAAGUAGAUGUUGAUCUGGAUGUGCCAGGGGCUGAUGUUGAAGGAGGUGGAAAGUUCAGCAUGCCGAAAUUUAAAAUGCCCAAAUUCCAAAUGAGAGGGCCUAAAGUGGAAGGCCCAGAUGUUGACAUUGACGCUAAUAUUCCUGAAGCAGAUGUUAAAGUGUCUGGACCUCAAAUAGAAGGAGAUGUUGAAAUGCCAGAUGUAGAUGUGGAUGUGGAAGGAGGUGGUAAAAUUAAAGGAUCCAGAUUCAAAAUGCCAGGAUUCAAUAUCUCUGGCCCCAAGAUAGGAAUGCCUGAUUUUAAUCUGGACUUCAAAGGUCCCAGGUUGCCUGGAGAUGUUGAUGUCCCUGAUGUUAAAAUGGAAGGUGAUAUUAAAGGCCCAAAUGUUGAUAUUAAGGGCCCUGAAGUUGAUAUUGAGGGACCUGAUUUAAAAGGAGGCAAGCACAAGUUUUCAAUGCCUUCAAUUCACUUGCCCAAGAUUCAGGCACCAGACAUUGACCUCAGAUUGAAGGGUCCAAAUUUGAAAGGAGACUCUGAUAUAGAUGUACCUUCAGGAAAAGUGGAGGGAGAAAUCAAAGGACCUAAAAUAGAUGUUGAUGUGGAUGUGCCAGGGGCUGAUGUUGAAGGAGGUGGAAAGUUCAGCUUCCCAAAAUUUAAAAUGCCCAAAUUCCGGAAGGCUGGGCCCAAAGUGCAAGGGCCAGAUUUGGAUAUUGAUGGUAAUUUUCCUGAUGCGGAUGUCAAAGUAUCUGGACCUAAGGUAGAAGGAGAUGUUAAAAUGCCUGAUGUAAAUAUAGAUGUUGGGGAAUCUGGUAAACUCAAGAGCCCAAAAUUCAAACUUCCAGGAUUUAGUAUCUCAGCACCCAAAAUAGGAAAGCCUGAUGUGAAUGUCGACCUCAAAGGUCCAAAAGUUGCUGGAGAUGUUGAUGUCCCUGAUGUGAAUCUGGAAGGUGAUAUUAAGGGUCCAAAUGUGAAAGGACCCAAAGUAGAUAUCGAAGGCCCUGAUGUAAAAGGAAGUGGACUUAAGUUUUCAAUGCCUUCCUUCCACUUGCCUAAGAUACAUGCACCUGAUGUUGAUUUGAGUUUCAAAAGCCCAAAACUAAAAGGGGACUGUGAUAUUAAUGUACCUUCUGGAAAGAUAGAGGGAGAGGUCAAAGCACCUAAAGUAGAUGUUGAUGUAGAUGUCCCAGGAGCUGAUGUUGAAGGUGGCAGUGGAAAGUUCAGCUUCCCAAAAUUUAGAAUGCCAAAAUUUCACAUGGGUGCGUCUCAUGUGGGAGGUCCAGAUCUGGAAAUUGGUGCAAAACUUCCUGAAAAAGAUAUUAAAUUAUCUGGACCCCAAAUUGAAGGUGAUGUUGAACUACCAGAUGUAGAUGUAGAUGUUGAAGGAGGUGGCAAAAUCAAGGCCCCAAAAAUCAAAAUGCCAGAAUUGAAUAUCUCAGCUCCCAAAAUAGGAAUGCCUGAUAUUAAUCUGGACCUCAAAGGUCCCAAGGUGGGAGGAGAUAUUGAUGGCCUUGACAUCAAACUGGAAGGUGAUGUUAAGGGCCCAAAAGUUGAUAUUGAAGCUCCUGAUAUAAAAGGAAGUGGAGCUAAGUUCUCGAUGCCGUCCAUUCAUUUGCCUAAGAUACAGGCUCCGAACAUUGAUCUGAAUUUCAGAGGCCCAAAAGGGAAAGGUGACUAUGAUAUUAAUGUGCCAUCUGGAAAAGUGGAGGGAGAAAUCAAAGGACCUAAAGUAGAUGUUGAUGUGGAUGUGCCAGGUGCUGAGGUUGAAGGAGGUGGAAAGUUCAGCAUGCCGAAAUUUAAACUGCCCAAGUUCCAAAUGGGAGUGCCUAAAGUUGAAGGCCCAGAUGUCAACAUUGACGCUAAUAUUCCUGAAGCAGAUGUUAAAGUGUCUGGGCCCCAAAUCGAAGGAGAUGUUAAAAUGCCAGAUGUAGGUGUGGAUGUUGAAGGAGGUGGCAAAAUUAAAGGAUCGAGAUUCAAAAUGCCAGGGUUCAAUAUCUCUGCCCCUAAAAUCGGAUUGCCCGACAUGAAUCUGGAUUUGAAAGGUCCCAAGUGGGGAGGAGAUGUUACUGUUCCUGACGUCAGUCUAGAAGGUGACAUGAAGGGACCAAGUCUUGACAUUAAGGGCCCAAAUGUUGAUGUUGAGACACCUGAUAUUAAAGGAAAGGGACCUAAGAUUUCAUUGCCUUCAAUUCACUUGCCCAAGAUUCAGGCACCAGACAUUGAUCUCAAUUUGAAAGGUCCAAAACUGAAAGGAGACUAUGAUGUUGAUGUGCCAUCAGGAAAGGUGGAGGGAGAAAUCAAGGGACCUAAAGUUGAUGUUGAUGUGAAUGUGCCAGGGGCUGAUGUUGAAGGCGGUGGAAAGUUCAGCAUGCCGAAAUUUAAAAUGCCCAAAUUCCAAAUGAGGGGGCCUAAGGUCGAAGGCCCAGAUGUCGACAUUGACACUAAUAUUCCUAAAGCAGAUGUUAAAGUGUCUGGGCCCCAAAUAGAAGGAGAUGUUGAAAUGCCAGAUGUAGAUGUGGAUGUUGAAGGAGGUGGUAAAGUUAAAGGAUCAAGAUUCAAAAUGCCAGGAUUCAAUAUCUCAGGCCCAAAAAUAGGAAUGCCCGAUUUUAAUCUGGACUUCAAAGGUCCUAAGAUGUCUGGAGAUGUUGAUGUCCCUGACGUCAAACUGGAAGGUGAUGUUAAGGGCCCUGAAGUUGAACUUGAGGGACCUGAUGUAAAAGGAGGCAAGCACAAAUUUUCAAUGCCUUCAAUUCACUUGCCCAAGAUUCAGGCACCAGACAUUGAUCUCAGUCUGAAGGGUCCAAAUUUGAAAGGAGACUAUGAUGUUGAUGCAUCUUCAGGAAAAGUGGAGGGAGAGUUCAAAGGACCUAAAGUAGAUGUUGAUCUGGAUGUGCCAGGGGCUGAUGUUGAAGGAGGUGGAAAGUUCAACAUGCCGAAAUUUAAAAUGCCCAAAUUCCAAAUGAGGGGGCCUAAAGUCGAAGGCCCAGAUGUUGACAUUGACGCUAAUAUUCCUGAAGCAGAUGUUAAAGUGUCUGGACCCAAAAUUGAAGGAGAUGUUGAAAUGCCAGAUGUAGAUGUUGAUGUUGAAGGAGGUGGUAAAGUUAAAGGAUCAAAAUUCAAAAUGCCAGGAUUCAAUAUCUCGGGCCCUAAGAUAGGGAUGCCCGAUUUUAAUCUGGACUUCAAAGGCCCUACGUUGUCUGGAGAUGUUGAUGUCCCUGAUGUCAAACUGGAAGGUGAUAUUAAAGGUCCAAAUGUUGAUAUUAAGGGCCCUGAAGUUGAUAUUGAGGGACCGGAUGUAAAAGGAGGGAAGCACAAGUUUUCAAUGCCUUCAAUUCACUUGCCCAAGAUUCAGGCACCAGACAUUGAUCUCAAUUUGAAGGGUCCAAAAUUGAAAGGAGACUAUGAUGUUGAUGUGCCAUCAGGAAAAGUGGAGGGAGAGUUUGAAGGACCUAAAGUAGAUGUUGAUCUGAAUGUGCCAGGGGCUGAUGUUGAAGGAGGUGGAAAGUUCAGCAUGCCAAAAUUUAAAAUGCCCAAAUUCCAAAUGAGAGGGCCUAAAGUGGGAGGCCCAGAUGUCGACAUUGACGCUAAUAUUCCUGAAGCAGAUGUUAAAGUGUCUGGACCCAAAAUUGAAGGAGAUGUUGAAAUGCCAGAUGUAGAUGUGGAUGUGGAAGGAGGUGGUAAAGUUAAAGGAUCAAGAUUCAAAAUGCCAGGAUUCAAUAUCUCAGGCCCCAAGAUCGGAAAGCCUGAUUUUAAUCUGGACUUUAAAGGUCCCAAGUUGUCUGGAGAUGUUGAUGUCCCUGACGUUAAACUGGAAGGUGAUAUUAAAGGUCCAAAUGUUGAUAUUAAGGGCCCUGAAGUUGAUAUUGAGGGACCGGAUGUAAAAGGAGGGAAGCACAAGUUUUCAAUGCCUUCAAUUCACUUGCCCAAGAUUCAGGCACCAGACAUUGAUCUCAAUUUGAAGGGUCCAAAAUUGAAAGGAGACUAUGAUGUUGAUGUGCCAUCAGGAAAAGUGGAGGGAGAGUUUGAAGGACCUAAAGUAGAUUUUGAUCUGAAUGUGCCAGGGGCUGAUGUUGAAGGAGGUGGAAAGUUCAGCAUGCCAAAAUUUAAAAUGCCCAAAUUCCAAAUGAGAGGGCCUAAAGUGGGAGGCCCAGAUGUCGACAUUGACGCUAAUAUUCCUGAAGCAGAUGUUAAAGUGUCUGGACCCAAAAUUGAAGGAGAUGUUGAAAUGCCAGAUGUAGAUGUGGAUGUGGAAGGAGGUGGUAAAGUUAAAGGAUCAAGAUUCAAAAUGCCAGGAUUCAAUAUCUCAGGCCCCAAGAUCGGAAAGCCUGAUUUUAAUCUGGACUUUAAAGGUCCCAAGUUGUCUGGAGAUGUUGAUGUCCCUGACGUUAAACUGGAAGGUGAUAUUAAAGGUCCAAAUGUUGAUAUUAAGGGCCCUGAAGUUGAUAUUGAGGGACUGGAUGUAAAAGGAGGCAAGCACAAGUUUUCAAUGCCUUCAAUUCACUUGCCCAAGAUUCAGGCACCAGACAUUGAUCUCAAUUUGAAGGGUCCAAAAUUGAAAGGAGACUAUGAUGUUGAUGUGCCUUCUGGAAAGGUGGAGGGAGAAAUCAAAGGACCUAAAGUAGAUGUUGAUGUGGAUGUGCCAGGGGUUGACGUUGAAGGAGGUGGAAAGUUCAGCAUGCCGAAAUUUAAAAUGCCCAAAUUCCAAUUGAGAGGGCCUAAAGUGGAAGGCCCAGAUGUGGGUAUUGAUGCUGAUCUUCCUGAGACAGAUGUCAAACUAUCUGGACCUAAGAUAGAAGGAGAUGUUAAAACACCAAACGUAGAUGUUGAGGGAAGUGGUAAAAUCAACAGUCCAAAGUUUAAAAUACCUGGAUUCAGUAUGUCACCACCCAAGAUAGGAAUGCCUGAUUUUAAUCUAGAGCUUAAAGGGCCAAAAAUGGGAGGAGAAAUUGAAGGUCCCCAUGUGGGUAUUGAUACCACUGUUCCUGAGAUAGGUGGUAAGCUCUCUGGUCCCAAGUCUGGUGGUGGUAACAUUUCUGGCAUAGAUAUUGAUGUUGAAGGAGCUUCUAAAAGCCCGAAAUUUAAAUUGCCUGGAUUGGGUAUCUCAGCACCCAAGAUAGAAAUGCCUGAUUUUAAUUUGGAACUCAAAGGUCCAAAAUUGGGAGGCCACAUUGAUGCCCCUGAUCCUAAUUUGGAGGGUGAACUCAAAGGUCCACAGUUUGAAAUGAAAGGUCCCAAAGUAGGUAUUGAGGGGAGUGACAUGAACAUCGAGGGUCCUGACUUAAAAGGAAAUGGGCACAAGUUUUCAGCACCUUCACUGGACAUUUCAGCUCCUUCUGCAGAUAUGAAUCUUGACUUGAAAGGCUCAGCUGAUAUUAAACCUCCAGGUUUUGGUAUUGACGUUAACGCUCCUGGCAUGGAAAUAGGCAGUGAAGGAGCACAUCUAAAAACGCCAAAAGUAAAGAAACCAAAAUUUGGAUUUGGAGUUAAAGGUCAAGGAGAUAUAAAUGCUCAUUCUCUGGAUGUAGCAAGUCCUGAUGUGGAGGUUAAUGUAGAAUCUCCAGAUGCAAGUAUUAAAACUAAGGGGAAAAAAGGCAAGUUCAGAUUGCCUAAACUCAAUAUCAAGUCAAAGAAGCCUGGAGGAGACAUGAAGGCAAAUGUUCCAAAGAGUGACCUUGAUUUAUCCAAGCCAGAUGUAGAUAUGAAAUCCCCAGAUCUAAAUGUAAGCCUUGGUGCAUCUGAUGGACAACUAAAUAUUAAGCCAUCGAAAGUAAAGAAACCACUAUUUGGAAAAGUCAAGGUGUCAUUUCCAGAUGUUGAAUUUGAUUUGGCAUCACCAAAGAUUAAAGGCGAGUUACCUACUGCAAAGGCUGAAGGCGGUUUGCAAGGACCUGAUGUUGAGUUUUCAUCUGAAGGUAUAAAAGGUCCCCAGGUUGACAUCGGAGCACCUGGAAUAGAUGUCAAUACAGGUACAAACCUUAAAGGGCCUGGUCUUAAAAUAAAAGGCACCAAGUUAAAAUUCCCUGCAGUAAACAUCAAGUCACCCAAAAUGACUGAAACAGAUAUGGAUAUCAAUUUGAAGGGGGCGCAAAUAAAAGGUGACGCAUCGGGAAACGUGGAAGGCCCAAGAAUUGGCGCAAAGAGGCCAGAAAUAGAUUUCGAUGUUGAUGCUCCAAAUGUGGAUAUUGAAAAACCAGAGGGCAAAUUAAAAAUGAAAGUCAAGAAGCCAAAUAUUUCAGGACCAAAUGUAAACCUAGAUACAUCGGGUGAUGCAGAAGGAAAAUUAAAAAUACCUAAGGUUAAACUCCCAGGUUUUGGGGUGGACGGUAAAUUAGGAGAAACAGAUACUGAUAUUAACGUCAGCCUUCCAAAGGCAGAACUUUCAAGUCCAAAGCUGGAAGGUAAUAUUGAUAUGCCAUCAACAGAUAUCAGUAUUAGGGCUCCUGGUGUAAAAAUGCCGGAAAUGGACAUCUCUGAUAAUAAGCUCCAAGGAUCUGGUUUGAAUCUUGAUAUACAUGCACCAAAAAUAGAAGGUGACUUGAAGACACCACGUUUAGGAGCAACUGUUGAAGUACCAGAUGUGGGAAUAAGUGCUGAUGGCAAAUUCAAAGGCCCACAAAUUGGUAUUUCAGCGCCCGAUGUGGGUGUUGAUUUAAAGACUCCACAGCUUGGUAUCAGCCUUCCUAGUCCAAGUAUCAAAGGAGCCUUUAAAGGACCACAAGUGGAUGUGAAAGGUCCUGUUAUCAAUACUGGUGACGGAGAUUUUAACAUUAAAGGUGUGGGUGGAAAAGUAAAGAUGCCUCAGAUCCACAUCCCAGAAGCUGAUAUCAGCAUUGCAGGAUCUGGAGUUUCUGCACCUGAUUUAUCCAGAGCAAAGACGGACAUUGACAUAAAAAGCCCAAAAAUGAACAUCGAAGGCCCGAGUAUGAAACUGAAUGGAGCGGACGUCAAUAUUGAUAGUCUGAAAGGAAAACUUCCCAACAUUGGCUUAGCUGCACCAAAACCCAAUAUUGAACUUCCUGGUGCAGAGGUUGAAGGUGUGAACACAAAUGUCAGCCUAGGUAGUCUAAGUGCUGAUGUACCACAACCUGAAGUGAAAGUCCCUUCAGCUGAUGUGAAACUUGACGUAAAAGGACCUUCAAUAAAAGGAGGCAUUGGAAUGUCCGGUUUAAUAGAUCCGGGGUUUGAUGCCAAGGCAUCUGAAGUAAGUACAGAUGUCAAAGCACCAACGAUCGACCUAGAUGUUGCACUGGACAAAAUGAAAAUACCCAAAUUCAAGCAUUCUCAAUUUAAAAUGAAAGGCCCGAAUUUAGAAGAACCAGAAGCGGCAGCAGAUGUCAGAAGUCCUGAAAUUCAGCUACAUGCUUCAGCUGCGCAAGGUCCAGAUGUUAAAGGACCAGAAGUUAGUCUGAAUCUGCCAGGAGAGGUGGAAACAUCUGGGGUAAAAGUAAAAAAAAGUAGAAUUAAACUGCCCAAAUUUAAUUUCUCCAAGUCUAAGGGGAAAAGUAGCUGUGAAGGAUCAGAAGGGGAUUUUGGUGCAUCUGGACCAAAGACUGAAAUUAAGGGCUCCAAAGGAAAUCUGGGUUUUGGUAACAUUGAGGUGGAGACAUCAGAAAUGUCAACCGCCGGGAAGGAUUCCAGUUUGGACAUUAACACCUCCCCAAAAGGGAAGUCAGGAACACUAGAUUUCUCUUUAUUUAAAGGCAAAAGGUCAGAACGUCACAGAUCGGCGUCUCUGAGUGAUGAGCAAGAACAUUCACCUUCAUCACCUACGGGGAAAUUAGAAUUUGGAGAAGGGACUGCAGGCGGCAAAGGCAAAAAGGCGAAAUUGAAAUUUGGAACAUUUGGAGGCUUUGGGGCUAAAUCAAAGGGCUCCUAUGAGGUCACUCUCGAUGAAGGUGAAGCGGGAGUUGAGGGCAGUGGAACCUCUUUGGUUUCCAAAAAGUCCCGUGUAUCCUCCACUUCCAGCAGUGAUAGCGGAUCUAAAGUAGGGUUGCGACUUCCUAAAGUAGAACUAAAUAUCAAUAAAGACAAAGAAUAAUUAUGUAAAUACUCAAGAAUCACUGUAAAUAGAAAUUAACUGCAUAACUUUCUACUGAUAAGCCAAGGCAUGGAUAUCCAUUAGACUUCAUCCCUAUCUCAUUUGCAGGUCAAAAAUAGGAUGGAAUAUUUAAACGGUUGAGAUGCUUUUCCUUUAGUGCAAGGAGCAGGACCUGCGAAUAUUUCAGUACACUUCUGUAUCAGCUAAAAAGUCAAACUAAAGCUCUAUUACUACAAGCUGAGGGCAAUAGCUUACUAGCAGGAAAAACAAUAAAACCUAUUUUGAUACAUUUUCUAUGUAGCAGUUUAUUAUUUUCAUUAUAUUGGCAAAAUGGAGGUGUUAAGACAUUUAAUCUCUGGUGCUGUCUCUGGCUUACCUUAUUCAAUGGAGUUGCAGUAUGAGAGAUUUUACUGAAAUCUGAUAUCUGAAGAAAAUGUACCAAGACAGUGAUAGAGGAAGAGUUUUAAGCUGUCUUUACACAAACACAUGAUACUUUACCCAAUAUAAGGUGAAAUCUGGCGGAAUAAACUGUGUAUCCUGUCAUAAUUACAGUAUUUUCAGAAUCCAAUGACAGUCAGUUUGGCCUGUAUCUUUACUCUGUAAAUUAGCAAAACAAAUUUUGUGUUCCGGGCAGCUUAAAUUCUUCAGCUUUGUAAACGUCUAAGUGUGGUCUGUGAAACUGGUUAGGGCGUAUUUCUACUGUGAAUUAGUACAUUAUGAUCACCGUCAUCACAUCUCUAACCCCUCCCCGCCACCACCACACUCAUUUGUGUUGAUUAUGCUGCUGCUGUUGUGCUAACCUUUUAUCCCCACACGUGUGAAUGAAAUUAGAAAAUUACUCACUACUCAACAAUAAACAAAAUUGUAAACCAGGUUUCUCAUCUUGUCCUGGUCUUCUCAAAGCCACUCACCUUCUGUCCCUAUCAUCAAAGAGCCCUGCCUCAUGUGAAAACACAGCCUUAUGGAUGUUUAGGCUGGAUUGGCCAGUCUGAGCCAAGUUAGCUGAUUGUGUAUGUGUGCUGAUGCAGGAGUCUGGAAUAUUUGAUUCCUUGCAUUAUGAGGCACAAUAUGAGAGCCCAUCUUCCCUGCAUGUGUUAUGAAGUCUCACAGUAAAAGCAACGCCUUGCUGAGUUCACAGAAAGCACCUAUUAUCCUUGUAACAUAAUAAGUAAUUUUCUUUUGUUAUGAAUGGCGAGAAUUGUGACCUAUUUUUCUUAUCGUUUCAUUGUUUCACUCAAAAUGUUAAUAGAACUCUUUUUCAUAAUUCUGUCUGCACUUUUGCAGCAAACAGUAGACGACGGGAAUGUAAGACAAGCGUGUUCCUUGUAAAAAUCAAAUAAAUCAUUCAUUAUCUUUAAA